AUGGCUUCUUCAACUUCAUUAUCCUGUUCCCAGGUGGAUUCCACAUUUGGCCCACAUGCUGGUAGAUGUAGAGGAGGAUUUGACUUUACGUUAUUCUUCGAAGAAACGAUCCUGGCAAUCUUACCGCUUAUUGUAAUAAUGGUUGUCGCGCCAUUUCGUCUCUUCUAUCUUUUCAAGAAAGAUACUAAGGUUGUAUGGAGUAUCCUGCUGCCUGCAAAGUUGACCCUCUACACCGCCUACGAAAUCAUGACCCUCUGUCUCGUGGUCAAUUGGUCGAACCCUGCGGUCCAUAAAACCAGCGCUUCGAUUCCUUGCGCCGUAAUAACUCUCAUCGCAUACCUGAUAAUACCACUGCUAUCAUAUGCCGAACAUAUAAAAACUAUCCGGCCCUCUCUAAUCCUCAAUGGAUAUCUAUUAAUCUCGCUUUUGUGCGAUAUCACACAUUCCAGAACUCUCUGGCUGCGGAGUAAAGACAAAAUUGCUAGCAACUUUAGUGCAUGUGUGGCCUUGAAAUUUGUCAUUUUCAUCCUGGAAGCGGUAGAAAAGAGGCACAUCCUAAAAGCACGAUACCAAACCCAUUCUCCUGAAGCCACGAGUGGAAUUUACAAUCGGAGUUUCUUCUGGUGGCUCAAUCCACUUUUCCUCAAGGGCACCAAGCAUAUUUUCUCCUUGGACGACCUCUUCUCGCUCGACAAACAUCUCUUAUCCGACUACACCCAUACGUUGUUAGAUACGCCCUGGCUAAAGGCACGCUCUGCAUCUGCGGCAGUGGAUUCAGAGUCAAGCACACAAGAAGUCUCGCCGCCAUUGAAAUCCAAUAAGCUCUUUUGGACAACACUGGGGGCUACUAAAUGGCCACUUUUGUCUGCUAUCCUUCCUCGGCUAUGCCUCACGGGUUUCAACUUCUGCCAACCGUUUCUGUUAAACCUAACCAUCAACUUCUCGCAGGCGCCAAUAACUCCCGAAUCAACCAACAAGGGUUAUGGUCUAAUUGGUGCCUACUUUUUAGUUUACACUGGCGUGGCAGUAGCCACGGGCCAAUUUCAACACCUAACUUACCGCGUCAUUACCAUCGUUCGCGGUGGUCUCAUCUCCAUGCUCUAUCGUAAGGCUGGGGAUCUUGGAAUUAAUGAUGCAGACCCUGCAUCUUCAAUGAUCUUGAUGAGUGCGGAUAUUGAGCGCAUUACCCAAGGCUGGCAGACAAUACACGAUAUCUGGGCAAACGUGCUCGAAGUUGCCAUUGCGAUAUACCUUUUGGAGAGACAGAUGGGUGCAGCUUGUGCAGUUCCCAUCGCUGUUGCAAUAGUUUCAAUGGCGGGUUCUCUUGCCGCGACUAACCUCGUGAUGUCGCGUCAAGCUAUGUGGCUUGGUGCUAUCGAGAAGCGUAUUGCUGCUACGACAACCAUGCUCAGCUCGAUGAAAGGAGUGAAGAUGUGUGGUCUUACCGACACCAUGUCAAAUAAUGUACACAAGCUGCGAAUGGAGGAACUCAAAAUAUCCAGAAAAUUCAGGAAGCUCUUAAUAUGGAACAUGGGCUUUACUUAUAUAACCCCUGUUGCCGCCCCUAUCCUUACUUUUGCCGUGUUCUCCGUUAUCUCACGCAAUAGCGCAAAUGGGCAGACCCUCGAUACCGCUCGCGUCUUCACCUCACUAUCACUAUUUUCUUUGCUUUCCGAACCAUUGCAGUCGCUCAUCAUGACAAUGGCAACCUUCAUGGGCUCCGUCGGAUCUUUCCAGCGUAUUCAACAAUUUCUUAUUCUAGAUGCCAGGAUUGACGCCAGAAGGAUUGGUGAUGUACAACCGAUCUCUCGCCAGCAAACAAAUAACCGACCGGCAAGUGACGCUCCAACUGAAUGUGCCGAAGAUAGUGACAACGAGAAAUCUCUUGUCGGUGUAUCACAAGACUACCCUCGACUGUUAGACAUUCACGCAUUUGCCAUUUACGAUGGCUCCUUCGGAUGGGAUGCAUGUAAAGAACCUCUGCUUUCAGACCUCAACAUCCUACUACCUCGAGAUAACUUCACAGUUCUCGUAGGCCCAGUUGGAUGCGGCAAGUCUACUUUACUGAAGGCUCUUCUGGGUGAAGUUCCUUCCUUGACUGGCCAUGUCCAAUGUUGUUCUUCCGAGAUUGCGUUUUGCGAUCAGACACCUUGGCAUAUGUAUGGAACCGUUCAAGAAAGCAUUUUAGGAACUUCCAGCCUUGAUGAGGCUUGGUACUCGACGGUGAUCCAAGCAUGUGCACUGGACGAGGAUCUUCGACAACUGCCUCGUGGGGAUAGGACUUCUAUAGGCAGUAAGGGUAUAUCACUUUCUGGUGGACAGAGUCAACGUAUUGCGCUUGCGAGGGCCGUGUACGCGCGAAAGGAGAUUAUAAUUCUUGAUGAUACUUUAAGCGGGCUUGAUUCUGAUACGGAGAAUCGCGUUUUCCACAGUCUCCUUGGCCGUGCAGGCAUACUGCGUAAACAGCGAACCACUGUUCUGCUUGCCUCAUCCUCCAUCAAACGAGUCCCUUACGCGGAUUACACUGUUGUUAUCAACAAUGAAGGCAAAGUAUCCGAACAAGGCAGCUUUAAAGAUCUCGCAAGAGAAGGCGGCUAUAUUUCUUCGUUCAAUCUUCCGCCACCAGAAUGGAGUUACGGAACGCAGCCGCCAAAGAUAUACGACUCUCCUAAAAAGCCUUUCGGGUCGGUUGAUGAAAACUUGGUCAACGCUCCGCUUCCACCACAAUCCCUUGAAGGCUCCGAGGAUAGGCGUACGGGAGAUUUCGCAACUUACGUGUAUUACGUCAAAGCUGUUGGGGUUAUCCCAACUCUCCUUUUUGUCAUCGCGAUCUCCGCUUUUGUCUUUUGUCUCUCAUUUCCAACUAUCUGGGUCAAGUGGUGGGCCGCAUCCAAUGCCGAGGCACCAAAUCAAAGACUUGGAUAUUAUCUUGGUAUAUAUGGCCUUCUUGGUGCUGGGGCGUUGUUUUCGCUUGUCAUCAGCUGCUGGCAAUUAAUAAUUACCAUGGUACCACGAUCUGGCGAAAGGUUUCACUCAGAUUUGUUGCGAACAGUCUUAAGUGCGCCAAUGUCGUUCUUCUCAUCGACAGAUACUGGUGUGACCGUUAACAGAUUCAGUCAAGACUUGAUGCUAAUUGAUAUGGAACUUCCUAUCACCGCACUUAAUACUUUUGCUACUUUCAUUCUUUGUAUUGCCCAGAUGAUUCUUAUAGGAGUCGCCUCUGUAUAUGCGGCCGCUGCAUUUCCAGUCGUACUAAUAUCCCUUUACUUUAUUCAAAAGUUCUACCUUCGAACCUCCCGUCAACUUCGCUUGCUAGAUCUCGAAGCGAAAUCGCCACUAUACACUCAGUUCAUGGAGAGUCUCAGCGGACUAGCUACGAUCCGAGCAUUCGGGUGGCGAAAUGCUCUGGAAAAGCACAACUCUGAGAUGCUCGACCAAUCACAGAAGCCUUUCUAUCUGCUGUUCGCUGUCCAGCGUUGGUUAACCCUGGUGUUGGAUCUCGUGGUAGCAGCUGUAGCAGUCGUACUUAUGGUUAUGGUCGUAGAGCUUCGGGGAACUAUCAGUCCUGGUUUUGUAGGAGUCGCAAUGCUCAACGUCAUCUUAUUUAGCCAGAGUAUUAAGAUGUUAUUGACAUUCUGGACGAACCUCGAAACCCAUAUCGGUUCCAUCGCACGAGUCAAGACAUUCACAGAAAAAACUAUCGCGGAGGACCUCCCCGAAGAGCACAAUACGCCGCCACCUCGAUGGCCCUCACGGGGUGGAAUUGAAUUUCACAACAUGUCUGCCGAAUACAAGCCAUCUGAACCCGUACUGCGAGGUAUUUCGCUCUCUAUCCAGCCAGGUCAAAAGAUAGGCGUGUGUGGUCGCACAGGGAGUGGCAAGUCCUCAUUGGUACUCAGUAUAUUUCGCAUGAUUGAAAUGAGUGCCGGCCGUAUCACGAUCGACGAUAUUGACAUAUCGACCAUUCCUCGGCAAGAACUUCGGUCUCGUCUGGUCGGCGUGCCUCAAGAUUCUUACCUCCUGUCUGGAAGUGUGCGACUUAAUACAGAUCCAUUGGGGCUUGCGUCGGACACGGAAAUUAUCAAUGCAUUGAAGUGUGUCCAAAUAUGGAAUAAGGUCAAAGAAAACGGAGGGCUGGGAGCAGAUAUUGAAUCAAUCUUCUUGUCUCACGGCCAGAAGCAGUUGUUCUGCCUUGCGAGAGCAAUUAUUCGACCAAGCAGAGUUCUCAUUCUCGACGAGUCCACCAGCAGUGUCGAUUCCAAAACCGACGAACUUAUGCAGCGUAUCAUUCGAGAGAAAUUUGCACAGCACACCAUAAUUGCUAUUGCGCAUAAACUUGAUACUAUCCUCGAUUUUGAUAGAAUUGCCCUCUUAGAUGAAGGCCGUUUGGUGGAGUUUGCACCACCGUACGAUUUGCUGGACGAUCCCAAUUCAGCAUUCAGCAAGCUAUACUCCCAUUCGCGCCCUGAUAGUGCGGAUGACGAGUCAGCUCAUACACUAUGA